GUGUGAAAUCGUUGAAAGCAGAGAGAUAGAGAGAGAGGGAGAGAGAGAGUGAAGAGUGCAACUCGAACAGCUUCUCGGUUAUCAAAGCGAGCUCAACAAUCACCGCUGGAUUUUUGGUUUGGAGUAUUUGUUUGAAGUUUAUUUGAAAUGGGAGAGGAAGAUGCUGUGCCUGAGGUAGCAGAGGCCACAGCAAAUGGGGAAGCUGCUCCAGAGGAAAAGAGUGGAACAGGGGCAGAGAAGGUGGAAAAAGAAGAAGUAACUGAAAUGGAAGAGGACAAGAAAGAUGAUGAGAAUGUUGAGGAUCAGAAAAUGGAUGUAGACAAAGAAGGUGAAGAAACUGAAGAAAAGAAAGAAGAAUUUGAGGGAGAAGAAAAAGAGGGCAAAGUGGAAGAAGGAAAUGAAGAGAAUAAGGGUGAGGAGGUGGAAGAGGAUGCAGGCACUAAAGUGAAUGAAGAGAAUGAGGAGGAGAAGGUUGAAGCAGAAGUUGACGGAUUGAAAGAGGAAAAGGAAAACUUGGAAGAUGUUAAAGAGGAUAAAGAAAGUGUUAAAGAGCAGAAAGGUUCAAAAAAGCGUUCAAAAAGAAAGCCCGUUUCUGGGGAAAAGGACAAAAGCAAGAAAAAGGAGGUGGAAAAGAAAAAGAAAGAGGAGCCAAAAACUCCUGCUGCUCCUGCAAUUGAACGGCCUGUACGUGAAAGGAAAUCUGUAGAGAGGCUGGUGGCAGCAAUUGACAAUGAAGGUGCCAAAGAAUUCCGUAUUGAAAAGGGUCAUGGAACUGCUCUAAAAGAUAUCCCUAAUGUGGCAUACAAAUUAGCAAGGAAGAAGAGUGAUGAUACUUUCAAGUUGCUGCAUACAAUACUGUUUGGGAGGAGAGGAAAGGCAACUCAGAUCAAGAGUAACAUUUCACGGUUUUCUGGCUUUGUUUGGCAUGAUAAUGAGGAAAAACAAAAAAUAAAAGUAAAAGAAAAGUUGGACAAGUGUGUGAAAGAGAAAUUGUUGGAGAUAUGUGAUGUGCUUGAUAUACCAGUUGUGAAGACUAAUACAAGGAAGGAAGAUAUUGUUGUAAAGUUAAUAGAAUUUUUGGAGGCUCCUCAUGCUACAUCUGAUGAGUUGCUUGCUGACAAGGAACUGUCAAGUAAAGGGAAGAAGCGAAAGAGGGUCAGUAAAGGUAGUGGAUCUGCAACGGGAAGCACACCUUCAAAAAGCUCAGCUAAGAGUCAAAAAAAGACUGACACUGCAUCUGAAAAAGGCGAGAAAAAGGAUGUGUCUGAAUCGGAAGACGAAUCAGAAGAAGUAGAGGAAGAAGAAGAGGAACAGGAGGAAGCAGAUGAGGAGGAGAAUGCUAAUGGUGUACCAGAAAAAUCAGAUGAUGAGUUGUCUGAUCAAGCUGAAAGUGACAAGGAACAUGAGUCUGAAGCUAAUUCUGAGGAGGAAAAAGGAAAGGACAAGCAUGGCUCUAAGAAGGCACCAACAAAGGAGGACUCUGCAGGAAGCUCUAAGAGUAAAAGAGUUUCUACACCUAAAAUGUCGAGUCCACCAUCCAAGUCCACACCUUCCAAGACACCACCAAGUCGUUCGAAGGUCACUCAAAAAACCAUUUCCAGCCCAAAGGUGUCCUCAAAGAAGAAGACAAUGGAAGUAGAUGCUAAGGAGAGGACCUCAACUGCCAAGAAAUCUGCGUCCAAAGAGAGUACUGGUAAAAAGGUUGACAAAGGGAGAGAAAAGCCUAAAGAAGAAAAAUUGAAGCCGAGCGAUGCUGCACUCAGAAAGGCGAUUUGUGAAAUUCUUAAAGAGGUUGACUUUAACACGGCUACGUUUACUGACAUUUUGAAGCAACUUGCCAAGAAAUUCAAUACAGAUCUCACGCCCAGAAAAUCAUCUAUAAAGCUCAUGAUCCAGGAUGAGCUUACAAAACUAGCUGAUGAAGCAGAUGAUGAGGAAGACGAGGGUGAUGCUGAAAAAGAUGAAAGACAGCCUUCAAGCCAAGAUGUUGUGGCCUGAGAAUCUAGAUAGGAAAUGACCACAGAGAUAUAAUGGUAAAGCCUUUUGUGACUGACGUUUUUCUUUCUUUGUAGUCUCGUGUUUCUGAUUGUUAAGGUAGUUGUAAUCUAUUUUCUAGCGUUCAUUUCACUGGCAAACUUGUGUAUCCUGGGAUCCCCCCAUAGUUGCCUCCUUUGUAUCUGCUUAAAAUCGCACCCUGUUAUGUACAACCCAUACCAUUGUAGGAGUUUUAUUUUCUUUCUUGUUUUCGUGGCCUUUUUUGGGCUAAUUAACUGAACCUUAGUGGAGUAUCAACAGAUGUUUAACUGUGUUGUUUUG